AUGGUGGCCUCGGACCCUAUCAUCCUUCCUACAUGUCUUCUCGAAGUGAAAGACGACCUAUCGAUUGCGCGUUUACCACAUCCCAGGACGCGUCUGCCAGCACUCUUUGCCAUCAGAGCUGGACAGGGGAUCUGGGAGAUCCAGUCCGUCGUCUCGCCGCCCACCUCGGGACGAUCAUGGUUCUUUGAGCCGAUCCGGGAGGACCAGCCCGAUCAAUUAAUCAGCCAACAAGCUGGUCGUCUGCUCGUCGUCACCCCCUUCGACCCUUUCUUCCUUCUACUCGGACUCUUCCUCGGACAGGCCCAGUCAGAUGAACAGCACAAUCCGUUUGCAAUCGACAAGAAGAACGGCGACCAUCGUGCUCGCUUUGAAGAAAUAGAAACCAUUCUCGAACGGGCACAGGCACAUUGGUUGUUUGCGGAGAGUGCGGAGGGCCCAACUGCUGGUGAUGUCGAGCUCUUCACGAACGAAGCCUUCCACGACAAACACCUCACUAGGAUUUUCGCCCCUCUUCACCAGGAAGAGCAAGGGUGUACGCUGUGGCGUCUUGAAGGCGAACGAAUUGUACAGGAGAUUGAACGCAAGAUCGAUCACCUUGCCUCCGCCGGCCUGGAAGCGGGACGCGAUGCCCGUACCAUCUGGACUCGACUUGGAUCUAAGGAGGGCCUCUUUGAUUUUGAGCAGACUCCGAAUAACUUAUCUAUCAUCAAGGACAUCUACAACAAAAUCGCUCUUGAAAUAAUUCAGGCCUAUCUUCCAAGUACAAUCAGCGAGCAUCUCCGUGGCAUGGAUAAGUAUGCGUUUGCAGCUUUGAAGAAGGAGAAGGAGAAGCAGGCGCAACGCUCGAUGAUCAAUCCGCUUGAGAUCGGGCGGGGCUCUCAAGGGUCAGAAGCCAAGACCACCAAAGGCUCCGCCAAGCCUCCCCCUGCGAAGAGGAAGAAGGCCGACGACAGUCUUAAACCUCCGCCCAAAAUUACCCUUCACCAGUUCUUUCCACCUCAAGCCCCUUGA